AUGUUGACUGACUCGCCCUUCACAGAAGAGAUGAAGAUUGUCGUGUUUGCUCUUCUCCUCUCAGCUCAUUGUGAGCUCACAACAGCUCUGAAAAGAAAACACUUUUAUUUUAGUAAUGCCACAACAUGGACAAAAGCUCAAAGUCACUGCAGAAGCUCCUAUGUAGACCUGUCCAGUGUUGACAGCUGGGAGGAAAUUACAGCGUUAAAUGCUACAAGUGGGCUUAGUUUUUUAAAAGCAUUUAUCUGGGUUGGACUGCGACUGACCUCUGCAAACACCUGGCAGUGGAGUGAUGGAAGCCAAAGAAGUUUUAUCAUCUGGGGAGCAGACCAACCAAACGAUCCAGGCACUGACCUCUGCUGUCGGGUUCAAAAUGGCAGUUUGUAUGACUACUACUGUAGUUAUUCAUACCCGUACUUCUGCUACAAGUGGGACACUGAACUGAUUGUGGUUAAAGAGAAUAAGAGCUGGGAGGACGCGUUACAAUACUGCAGGACUCAUCACACUGAUCUGGCCAGUCUGCCAACAGAUUUACAUCUCAUCCAAGCCAAACAAACCACUGCUAAGACAUCAAGUGUGUGGACAGGUCUACGGUUCCUGGCAGGCUCAUGGUUCUGGUUAAGUGAUGAGGAUCUGGGAUACGUUAGUGCCCAACUGCCAGCCUGUCCUGCCAAUUACACUUACUGUGGAUCUCUAAACCUGAAAACUCAGAGCUGGGAGAACAGAAACUGUUUGGAGAAACUUAACUUUGUGUGCUAUUAG